UUUCGGUCAGCUAUUACUGAGUGGAGGUUAGAUGCGAAAGAACAAGAUUAGAGGCUAUUUACUAUUCUCCUUUUUGUGUUUUAAAAUUAUUACAGUACUUUACGCAUCGCUUAAUUUGCUAAUAACAGAAGUGGCAUCAUGGACUUCCAUCAAGCGGCUAUAUUUCUCAUUUCUGCUAUAUAUUGGGGAAACACUUUUGGGUUUAAAGAUUUCGUCGAUCUAAUGCAGCCCAGACUGGGCUAUUACAGUGGUAUGCUGCUCCCUUCAUCGGCUACCGCCGACAACAAUUAUGGCUUUGGAUACAAUGAAAUGAAUGAAUUCCCAGACAGUCGGAUUAUCGGAAGCAACCGCGGUUUCGCUGUCCCUGAAAGCAGGGUGCUAUAUGGCAUGCAGUUAAACAGAAUGUCGCGAAUCAGAUCUUCCUGUGUGCCCAACAUGCUGCCAGGGCUGGAUGAACCUGGUUUCUGCCUGUCCACCAAGGACCUGGAUAACGACUGCACUGAUCGCGAGGUCAGCGCAUCUUCCGACUGCAAUGUCAUGACUUUCGAUGGACAAUGGUGUUGCUACGUGCCACCUUCAAUGGGGAAUAAACAGCGAAAAGUCAUGGCGGUAGUUAAGGCCAGUGUUCCGGCACAGCCAGCCUCUCCUGUACAACAAACCUCCCAACCAGUGCUACAAGCGACAACUGCAACUCCAGCCACUGUCAAACAAACACCGGCGGCGCCGGUCCCGCAGACUCCCGCGCCUCCUCCACAAACCCCUGCCCCUAUACCGCAAACUCCUGCGCCAGCGCCCCAAACUCCUGCUCCCACACCGCAGACACCGGUACCUCCUCCACCACCACCUCCUCAAACGCCUCCACCAGCUCCUGCUCCAUCGGCCGAUUUAGGGCUAAAUAAACCAUGCAAUACCGUUAAUGACUGCCCGGAUUCGGGUACCACUUGUAAGAACGGGCGUUGCAACUGCUGGAUGGACCAAGGAAUUUCUGCCGCUCGAACUUGGUCUUGCAGCGAUGAUUCGACGUGCCGAACAUUAUUCCCGGGUCAUAUAUGCCGACCAACAAAACUGUGUCCUCUUAUCCCACCAAAUACUGGUUACUGCAUGCCCCUUAGUGCAUCCUCAAGAAUGCUGGAAGAUUUUUAUUUUUGAAUACACCCUCUGCAGGAAAGGUCAUCACACCCUCUGCAUAUGUACCGAUUAUGCGCGGCGGAUAUUUUUAUCGAAAUGUACCCGAAAGUUAAGCGUACAGCCAAAGAUUCAGUGUUUUCGUUCUUACCACAUUUGAUGCUCAAUUUUGUUUAUAUUUUCUGAUUACUUUAGCAUUUUUACUCGAAGUUUUGACUACAGGUAUACGAUCAGUAAAAAAUACGAUGAGAACUA